AUGCCUCGCGACUCCCGAACCCAGCCUCGCCGUCACAUUACUUGCCACCGCCAUCCAGCGGAGUCUGUAACAGGUUUCUGCGCGUCCUGUCUACGCGAUCGCCUCGCUUUCCUUGAACCAUCGACAACCGUCGACACCGAAGAACACGAAGUCAGUGACAUCGUCGGGAGAGGAGAUCCGUCGUCAUCUCUUACUGGAGAGCUCCGACGAUGUAAAUCGUACUCCAAUCGUAAAUGCGGCGUCAUUGCCGGAGUAUCUGAGCAACGUAGGAAGUCUUGCGAUGUGGCUGUUCGGGAUACACUGAGCCAUCUUUUCAAUCGAGACGAUGAUGUGGAAAUAGAUUCAACAACUGAAGUUAACAAAGUGGAAUCGAAGAACUUAGGGUUUGUGGAAAUGAGUGAUAAGCCGAGGAAGAGUAGUAGAGUUGCACGAGAAGCGGCUCGGUUAAUUAUUAGUGAUGAUGAGAAGGUAAUGGAAGAAGAUCUUAAGACUAUGAAGGAGCAUAUAGAGAUUGAAUGUCAAAGCAGACGUGAAUCAGCUAGGGAUUUGAAGGAUAUUGCAGAAAGUUUCUGGAGUGCGGCGUCUGUGUUUAGCCGGAAAUUGAAGAAAUGGAGUCAAAAGCAGCAGAAGAAAAAUCGGAUUGAUUCAUACAGUAAUCGUGCCGCUGGCAAUAAUGGUAAACAUUUCCCGCAAUCUGAGAAGAUAAGUGUACGAGGUUUGAAGGAAAGACAAUCAGAGAUUGGAGAUUUCGGACUCGGUCGGAGAUCCUGUGAUGAUGUCGAUCCAAGAAGGUUUUCUGUAGAUACUGGUCGGAUAUCAUUUGAUGAUCCAAGGUUCUCGUUUGAUGAACAUAGAGCUUCCUGGGAUGGGUAUAUGAUUGCCAGGACAAUUCCUCGUCUUGCUCCAAUGCUUUCUGUGAUUGAAGACGUAAUGUUAGCUCCAAUAAACAGGUUCGAUAAUCGCGGAACAAAUGAAAUGCAGAGAGAUUCAAUUAUAGAAGAUGACACCGCCUGUUGCUCAGAUUCUUCGUCUUCACAGAUGCGAAACAGUUUUGAUUGUUCAAGCUCAAGUAAGAGUUCUCAUAAGAAGACAGCAAUAGGAGGGGAGGUUGAUGAAAUAUCAAAGUUUCUACAUGCGGAUAAGUCUAAUGUAGUAAACUCACACAUGAAAGCGAAAAUUAGCCAAAGGGGGGAUGCCAAUGAUGUUAAAUUUGGGAGGUGGAAGAAAUGGAAAAACAAUUUUGGGUUUAAACAAAGGGAUGUCUCCGGCAACUUCGCGCAGCCAGAACUUGAAGAUGCAGUCAUCAAUGUGGAUGGUUACCCGAAUCUAACGAGGAGUGGAAGUUGUGUUUCAGGAAGACAGAUUGUUAAAAAAGGGGGAGAAGAUUGUGUUUUGGACAGAACCCAAGUUUCAAAACAAUCUGCUGUUGUUGAUAAUGGAUUAUUGAGGUUCCAUUUGACGCCACAAUGGGGUUGUAGGAAAUCCAAGUCUGGAAAAAGAAUGUCGAUGAACUCACCCAUGGCUGCCAAGAACACCCAUUCUAUGAUCUGA